CCUAUUGGCCAUUGCUUAAGACUGACGUAUCAAAAAGUCCAAUGGAAAGCAACCUCUUCGGGAAGAGGGCGGGCCCCGCGGACAGUCAAAUUUGCGCGGGUUGGAGCCUGGCGUAGUCAUGGCCGCCUUCCGCGACAUAGAGGAGGUGAGCCAGGGGCUGCUCAGCCUGCUGGGCGCCAACCGCGCGGAGGCGCAGCAGAGACGGCUGCUGGGGCGCCACGAGCAGGUGGUGGAGCGGCUGCUGGAAACGCAAGACGGUGCCGAGAAGCAGCUGCGAGAGAUCCUCACCAUGGAGAAGGAAGUGGCCCAGAGCCUUCUCAAUGCGAAGGAGCAGGUGCACCAGGGAGGCGUGGAGCUGCAGCAGCUGGAAGCCGGGCUUCAGGAGGCUGGGGAGGAGGAUACCCGUCUGAAGGCCAGCCUCCUUCAGCUCACCAGAGAGCUGGAAGAGCUCAAGGAGAUUGAGGCGGAUCUGGAGCGACAGGAGAAGGAGGUCGACGAGGACACGACAGUCACAAUCCCCUCGGCCGUGUACGUGGCUCAACUUUACCACCAAGUUAGUAAAAUUGAGUGGGAUUAUGAGUGUGAGCCAGGGAUGGUCAAAGGCAUCCAUCAUGGCCCCAGUGUGGCCCAGCCCAUCCACCUGGACAGCACCCAGCUCUCCAGGAAAUUCAUCAGCGACUACCUCUGGAGCCUGGUGGACACCGAGUGGUAGCCAGGAGCCUCGUGGCUGCGUCUUGCACCCAGCGGGCAUCUGCCGUGGUCAGAUCCAUUUCAAAUGAAAUGUGGGGACAUAGAUCUUUUUUUUUUUUUUUUUUUUGAGACAGAGUUUCACUCUUGUUGCCCAGGCUGGAGUGCAAUGGUACAAUCUCAGCUCACAGCAACCUCUGCCUCCCGGGUUCAAGCGAUUCUCCUGCCUCAGCCGCCAAAGUAGCUGGGAUUACAGGCAUGCGCCACCACACCCAGCUAAUUUUUUGUAUUUGGUAGAGAUGGAGUUUCGCCAUGGUGGUCAGGCUGGUCUUGAACUCCUGACCUCAGGUGAUCCACCCGCCCGCCUUGGCCUCCCAAAGUGCUAGGAUUACAGGCGUGAGCCAUUGUGCCCAGCUAGACGUCUUCCUUUUUUUUUUUUUUGAGACGGCGUCUCGCUCUGUCGCCCAGGCUGGAGUGCAGUGGCGCGAUCUCAGCUCACUGCAAGCUCCGCCUCCUCCCGGGUUCACGCCAUUCUCCUGCCUCAGCCUCCUGAGUAGCUGGGACUACAGGCACCUGCCACCACGCCCGGCUAAUUUUUUGUAUUUUUAGUAGAGACGGGGUUUCACCAUGUUAGACAGGAUGGUCUUGAUCUCCUGAGUUUGUGAUCCGCCCGCCUCGGCCUCCCAAAGUGCUGGGAUUACAGGCGUGAGUCACCGCGCCUGGACUUUUUUUUUUUUUUUUUCUUUUUACUGGAUUUCUUUUUCUCCUGAUUUCGGCCUCAGCUCCUAGAGUGGCCUCAGCUAGGUAACCAACGGGAGUCGACUUAUCCCAGGCCUGCAGUUUCACAUCUGUGACGGGAUGGGACAAAUGACACUGUGGUAUUCGAUGACAGCUCCCAGGUAUUUCAAGGUUGGCCCUUACUCAUUCAGGGGGUAUGUUUGAGUGCCACGGUGUGCCCAGACUUUGCUAGGCACCAGGGAGACAAGAUAUGAGUGACGUGGUUCUCCUCCCACUGCUGAUGGAGGAAUCAACACAAAAGCAGACAACACUCUAGAACUGGAGAGAGGUCCAGACUGUGACAGGAGCCACACCAGAGUGUGCAGGCUUCAUGGAGGACAGAAGCGACUUUUGUGCUGGGACUUAAAAAGAUAAGGAGGCCAGGUGUGGUGGCUCAUGCCUGCAAUCCCAGCACUGUAGGAGGCAGAGGCCGGCAGAUCACUUGAGCCCAGGAGUUGGAGACCAGCCUGGGGAACAUGGCAAGACCCCAUCUCUACAAAAAAAUUAAAAAAUUUGGCCUGGCGCGGUGGCUCAUGCCUGUGAUCCUAGCACUUUGGGAGUUAAAAUACAACACUUCCCAGCUGCCCUUAUAGUUAAGGUCUGGCCAGUGAAAUGUAUGUGGAAAUGUUACAUGACACUUCUAGAAGGAUUCUUAAAAGACAAAUACACCCUUUCUUCCCCCUUUCUAUUUUCUGGAAUGUGGGCGUGAUGGCUGGAGCCCUGGCAGCCAUACUGCCACAUGUACAGACGAGUGCCGUCCUUUAGGGAUGACAGGAGCCUGGUUCCCUGAUGAUGGCAGAGCCAGAUAUCAGCACAGACUUAUUUAAAUGGGAGAGAGAAGGGGGAGAACCAAUCUCAACUUCUGCCUUGUGUAAGCUGCUGGUUUUGGGGGUUUUCUACGACAGAUACCAAAAUAAACCCUAACUGAUUGAACAUGUA